AUGGAGAUGGAGGGGAGGGGCCUGUCUGAUUUGUUCAGGAACACCAGCGAGGAGAUCUUCCUCAAGGCAGUGAUGGAGAAAAUGGGAGUGGCAGCAGCGCCAAGCAUGGAGAUGCUGGGGUUCAAGAACAUGUCGCAAGGAUUUGGUUCAGUGAACAAUCGCCCUCGACAGCCAUCUAGGUUGUCAUCAGAAGCUGCAGGCCUUCCGAAUCAACAGCAUGACAUUGCUCAACAAAGUUUUAUCACUGACAACUUGGUUCCACAGAAUUUAGCAACUCCUUCAGUCGAAUAUCCAAAUAACCACAACCAGCAAUUGCUCAAAAAUGCAGCAGAGAAGGGAAUGCAAGCCAGUGACCUACUUCUAGCAAAAGCCUGGUUCCACAGCACUCAACCAAUGACUAGAAGUUGUUCGUCAGAGAGGAGGUAUGCUGCAAUGCAAACUAAUUUGGCACCAAUAACUAUAGGAAGCAUUGAAGCAACUAACCAAUUAAAACAAGAUUUUACAAACACAUCAAACAGCACACCAAUGAGCAACACACCUGUUCAUACACCAAAGUUUGUAUCUCCUUCAAGUUCAUCAACAUCCCCUCUGGAUAAUCCACAUAUGGCAGCACAAGAUACUAUUACCUCAGUGGUGAGCAUGCUCAAGGACACGCUUGAGCGCAAGAAGCUUGGUAGCCAUGCUAACAAAGACACCUCAGUAGGCAAUUCUUUUGGAUUCUAUGACACUCAGCAGUUUCAACAGAACAUUCUUGGAGGAACAGAUUUCUUUCCCAUAGUGACAACUGCCCAAGUUCAGGAUUCCCUGAUGCUUCCCAAGGUUGAGAGGCCCAUGGAACCAAACAAUGGUAACUUCGUUGCUCCUGCAAACCAGGUUUGGUUUGGUGCAGCGUCUCAAGAGCCUUCACACAGUGGAUCCUCUACUGCUAUGACCACUCAUUCAGCUGGAUUUGAAAUGUGUGAUGAGCUACCUCCUACAGGGCAAGCGAUGUCUGUUUGUGAGAGCACUAGAAAAAAUGCUGCAAAUGGAACAACCGACUGCAAAUCAAAAGGCAAAGAAUACAGAGAGAGGGUACAAAAGGAUACUUUGAAAGAUGAGAGAAAGAAAGCAGCCCUAACUCGAAUGGGAUCCAUUUCAUCAGAACAAGCAGCUGAUAAUAGAGAUCCUACAAAGAAGCGCAGGGUUGAGCGCUCACGUAAAAUGGCAGAAGCAAAGGAAAGAAGUUCCACACCAGUAAUACCAUCUGACAUGCAAGCCGUACUUAAACGCUGUGAAACCCUAGAGAAGGAGGUCCGAUCACUAAAACUUAACCUGUCUUUCAUGAACAGGAAAGAUUCGGAACAGACCAAGCAGAUCGAGGAGCUUCAGAAGCAAAACGAGGACUUGAUGGAAGAGAAGGAGCGGCUGCUGGAAGAGAUUGAAAGAAUUGUCUCCGACCCCAACACAUGA